AUGAUUCCCGGACUUGGGACUCCAAAGCGAGAAUACGACACCUGCAAAACCGUCGAGGAAUAUCAACAGUUCCUCAAAAGUAAUCGAGGACAGAAAUUGGAACGGAAAGAACGGAGGACAAUUCAGGCUCGCAUUAGUAGGAUGAGGCGUACCGCACGCUUUGAGGAGUUUCGAGUCGAGAAAGAAAGGCUUAAGCAAGAAAUCGAACUUGCCAAAGCAGAAAAUAAAAGUCUCAGGGAUUUAAUUCGAGGUGGGACUCAAACUGCCACCCUCGUCGCCGGCUCUCCAGGCCACAGCUGUACUAGUUGUAUCGAUACCCUCCUUACGAACAGCGAGGCCACUAUGAAAGCCUUUCUCCAGAAGGCGGGGGUAUUUCGAUUCAGCCACCUUAGGAUGGUUUCAGACUGCGCAACAACUAUCAGACGCCCUGCCCGUAAAAAAUUUUGCCAAUACCUAACAGUACAUCAAGGCGAUUGGGAGACAAUACAAUUGAAUUUGGCCUUGGGAUUUGUUGAUAUCUUAUCUCAAGUAAGUGUCGGAAUGACGGACCGGGCGUUCACAGCUUUCGAAGAUGAAAUCGAGAAGUUCGGUUUGAAGGAAAGCGAUCAAAAUACGGUACUCAAGUUGUGUUCGACAGGGAAAUGUGUUUACGAAAAGCUCACCGAUGGCGGUGACCCAAACCUAGCAAUUGGGUAUUUAAAAAGCUGCGGUUCUUUCCCGGUAGAGUGUUUGAGCAAUAUCGGCAGAAUAUUUGCGAUUAGCUUUGUGCAAUCUUACGGGUUGCGGUCCAAGGUUUAG